UCCUCUCUUUAGCCAAUACCCAUUUGCACUCCUUCUUGGACUAGAAACCCAAACUUUUACCUUAUUCAUUCUCUCCCCUUCUCUUUCAGAACUUCCAACAAUUUAGGGUUCUUCAUUUUCGGUGACCUGAGCACUUCCCAGGCCUCUAAAGACUUGGCAAACAAAGAUCUAAUCUGAUUGCACAAACAUUCACCAGACCCCAAUCAGGGAUUCACUUCAUUUCGAUCUUUCUAAACAAUAACGAUGCGAGUAUUUACCCGUUCUGUUCGGAAAUUCCAAUCAGCUUUUCAACAUCGAGGAGUUCAUAUCUAUCCUAGGGUAGUAAAUGAAAAAAACCCUUUAUCCACUUCAAACUCUCGGUCCAGUGAGGUUUGUAGAUGUAAUAGAUGGUCCUCAUCCAACUCCCAUAUGAUGAUACCAAGAAGACUCUAUGCUGAUAAAGUUGAUGUAACCGGCGGAGUAGAGAGCAAUGCUGCAGGGCCAUUGAUUGAGUAUAACCGCAGAAUUGCUGCGGGCGAGCUAUUAGAUGGUGAUGUUUGUCAGGAAGCCAUCUUAAGAGAGCUUCAGAGACUCUAUGAUGAGCUUGUUGAGAAUGAAAAUGCCUGUCGAUUAGAUAAAUAUGCUGCUACAGAGAAAACUAGCAGGAGUAGGUGGUUGUGGUCACGACUUACGCAACAGUCGUCGAGUUCACCUGUAAAGGGGCUUUAUCUAUAUGGUGGAGUGGGUACUGGCAAGACUAUGCUAAUGGACUUAUUCUAUGAACAACUGCCAAGCAACUGGAGGAAAAAGAGGAUUCAUUUUCAUGACUUCAUGUUGGGCGUUCAUAGUCAUUUACGAAAGCACAAGGGUGUUGCCGAUCCCCUUGAAGUUGUUGCAGGCGAGAUAUCUGAUGAAUCAAUUCUUCUUUGCCUUGACGAAUUUAUGGUGAAUGAUGUUGCGGAUGCACUUAUAUUGAACCGAUUAUUCAAACAAUUAUUUAGCAAUGGUGUGAUGCUUGUUGCUACUUCAAAUCGUGCCCCGGAUAAGCUAUAUGAAGGUGGCUUGCAAAGGGUUCUUUUUCUACCAUUUAUUUCUACAUUGAAGGAAAGAUGCGUUGUUCGCGAAAUUGGUUCUGCUUUAGACUAUCGUAAAAUGACUUCGGCCGAACAAGGCUUCUACUUUAUUGGAAAUAGCCUGUCUGGACUUGUUAAGGAGAAAUUUCAACAGUUAUUCGGCGGCAAAGAAACACCUGCCCCGAAGGAGGUUGAAGUUGUUAUGGGAAGGAAACUGCAGGUUCCACUUGGAGCUAUGGGUUGUGCUUAUUUCCCCUUUGAAGAUCUAUGUGACAAGCCUCUUGGUGCUGCAGACUAUUUUGGACUGUUCAAGUGCUUUCAUACCCUAUGUCUGGAUGGUGUUCCGAUUUUUGGUCUACACAAUAAAACAGCAGCAUAUCGUUUCGUCACUCUAAUUGACGUGAUGUAUGAGAAUAGAGCUAGACUGGUGUGCAGUGCUGAAGCGAGUCCUAUUGAACUCUUUGAGAAAGUUAUAACGAUUUCUGAAGCUCAAGAAAAGGCUCCAAGAACUUCUUCUAGGUCAAAGAAAAACGACGACAUAGAUAUUUGUGUUGACAAUGAGCUAGGGUUUGCGAAAGACCGAACCAUUAGCAGGUUGACAGAAAUGAACAGCCGAGAAUACCUGGAACAGCAUGCUGCCAAUUUAUUACAAGCAUGAGAGUCAUAUUGGUCAAUUGUUGUAGUAUGUUUUUAAGUAAAUUAUCCAUCCUAAUAAGAUUGAGCACCAACCUUACAGUUUUUGUUUAAUUACAAAUGACAAUGAACUCUGUUGAGAGUUUAUAAUACUAGUGCUUUGCACAUAAAAUAUUCAAAUAAUAAGAAGUCUCAUCAAACUCUUAUAGUA